AUGGCCAGCUCAACCUCAUACGAAAAUUUGUCCCCCUCUGUCCUUGCCAAUCCAGGCGAAUUCUGCACCCUCUCCACUUGCCCCCUGUCGCUUGCCAAUAUACAAUAUGUGCCGUCAUUCGUCGGAAAUGCGCUGUAUGCCAGUCUCUUUGGCGCCUUUCUUACCGGCCAACUCUUCCUUGGCAUCCAUCACCGCAAUUGGGGGUUCCUCCUCGGCAUGUUCGGCGGAAUUGUCCUUGAGAUUGUUGACUAUAAUGCACGGAUCCAAAUGCACUAUAAUCCCUUCCAAAAGGGUCCCAUUCUCAUGCACGUGAGGUAUCUCAUGACCCUAAACAUCGCCCCAGCCUUCCUCUCCGCGUCCAUCUACCUGGCCAUCUCCCGCAUUAUCCCCAUCUAUUCCUGCACCCUCUCUCGCUUCAAGCCACGCACCUAUGCUUUCCUUUUCGUCACGUGCGACAUUAUUGCUCUACUUCUCCAAGCCGCUGGUGGAGCUAUCGCCUCCUUUGCCGAUAAUGUUGACGAGGAGAAGGAUGAGGACAAGAUGCGCAAGAUGGGAAUCGAUAUUAUGGUUGCCGGCGUCAGCUGGCAGGUCUUUAGCCUAGGGCUGCUUGGGAUAUUCUCCUGGGAGUUUGCUUGGAGGAUCCGCAAAGCAGGAGAAAGGGAUCUGAGCGUACUAGGCGGUUCAGGUUGUUCUUAUCAGCGUUUGGGUCUGGCACCACUGGCGGUCUUCGUGAGGUCUGUAUUUCGGUGUGCGGAGUUGAGAGAAGGGUUUAGAGGUAAGUUGGCGAAUCAGCAGGUUACUUUUAUGGGUUUGGAGGGUGGUAUGAUCGUGAUUGCGGUAGGGUUAUUGACGGUGUGGCAUCCGGGAUUGAUAUUUCAAGGCACCUGGCAACACGCGGGCUGGAGGUUUAUGGGCGAGGGAGCUGAGGAAAGGAAGGUGGUUGAGAAGAGCGAUCAGAGGCGAGAUGAAUGGAUGACUUAUGGGCAUGGAGAGAAGCAUGAACAUUGGACGCGAAAGUAG